AUGGUGUUGUAUGAUAAAAGCAUACUCGAUAAUGAUGGAAAACCAAUUUUUAGGUCUAAAGAUUUUGAUAAGGAAGACGAAGAACACUUGUAUAAUGUUUACAAUCGUUUUGAUUAUUUAUUUUCGAUAAAGAUCAACCAUGGUGGAUUCUUCACAGCUUCUCCAGGAAGGAUAUAUUAUAAUGGGAAUGAGGCAUUUGUGGAUUUCAUAGAUGGUGAUAAGUUUUCUAUUCAUGAAUUUAACCAUUAUGUCAAGAAGUUAGGUUAUGAUUCAAGAUUGGUUAUGUAUUAUCACUAUUUACAACCAAAUAAAAGUGAUUUAGAUGUAGGGUUGAAACCAUUUGCUUGUGACAGAGAUGUGAUAAAAAUGGUUUCUUACACUAAGCAAUUUAAAUUGAUUGAGAUUUACAUUGAGCAUGCUAUAUCAAAAAUAGGGGAUUGGGAGUAUACUGGGGAAACUAGUAUGGUUAUUGAAGACCUAACAGAAGAUAAUGAGACUUUGCCUAAUUUGCCUAAACAAGUUGUUCAAUUUAAGUCUAAGGACAUAACAGAUGAUGAUCAUGUUAAAGAUCCAAUUGAAACCCCUGCACAACAAUGUGAUCCAACUGAACAUGUUGUGCAAGAUAAUGACCUUUUUAGGCAAGAUAAUGAUCCAAUUGAUCCAAGUCAAAAUGAUCCAAUUGAUCAAAUUAUUCCUGACCAUGUCCCUGCUAAUGUGGAUGAGAAUCACAAUGAAAAUGAUGAAGAUGUUCAGAAAGAUAAUGGAGAUGAUGAGUUUUUUAGGAAACAUUUAGAAACAAGUGAUAAGGUUAAUGAUGUGGAGGUAGAUAUGUCUAGGUUUAAGGAACUUUUUCAGAGGAAUGAUGAAUGGCUUAGAAAAUCUGUACAAGCUGGAGUGGGGGAUUUACAAAUUCAUGAAGAGGUGGUGGGUAUUGAUUUUGAGCAAUAUGAUAGUGGUGCCUCAUCUGAGAGUGAAGGUGGUACCACCAGAAAGAAAAAGGUUAGAAGGGUUAAGAGGGUAGUGCAUGCAGGGGAAACACACACUUGUCUUCAAACCAGAGAUAUAAGAUUUGCAAACUCAACUUUCCUCUCUCAACACUUGAGUGAUACCCUUACAUCUAACCCUAAAAUAAGUGGAAAGGCCUUACAAGACCAGUUGCAGAGAGAAUUUAGGCUUGGAAUAGACAAACAAGUGGUGUACAGGGCUAAGAAGAAGGCAAUGGAUAAAUUACAGGGUGAUUUUGUGGGACAAUAUGCAAACUUGAGAAACUAUGCUGAGGAAUUAAUGGCAAGAAAUCCAGGAACCACUGUCAAGAUAGAAUCUGAAAUGCCUCCCAAUCCUGAAUGA